AUGGCUUUCCCAAACCAUAUAGAGAUUACAAUCCCAAGAGAUAAUACAGGGCUAAACCAUGACAACAUUAGGAUUGUUCCUGAAAUAGAAGCAUUUGACUUAUCACUUAGUGCACAAUUGCUGCAAGCAGCUGGGAGCUUGUCCAAUGCGUCUUCUCAGCUAGAGGUAGUGAUAGCUCAUAUGAAGAGAGAAGGCUCGGCUAAUCCUUCUCGGCCUGCUGUGGAAGCAGUGAUAACCCAGAUGAGGAGAGAAGGCUCAGGCUAUCCCUUUCGACCUGCUCUUGAAGCAACCCUCGCCUUUGCACUGGGGGCUUUCGCCCCAAUUCUUGUGGCUGCUUAUAUAACCGAAUAUACUGUUAGGUUAGCUGUGGUCAUUGUGGCUUCCACCACCGUGGCACUGACGGCAAUUGGCAGCCUUGGGGCGGUGCUGGGACGGAGCCGGCUGGUCUCUUCCUGUGUUAGGGUGCUGGUGGGAGGCUGGAUGGCUAUGGCUGUUACCGCUUGUUUUACUAAAUUACUUGCUGUUAAUUAG